UUUUGGAUUUGAGAAGCAGCAGCCAUGAACGACUUGUUCUCUGGCGACAAGUUCUUCGGCGACAUGGAGUCCGUGAAGGAUGAGCUCAAGGAGCUGGAGCGCCUCCGCCAGAACCUCCAGUCCUCUCACGAGCACAGCAAGACGCUCGACAACGCCAAGGCUGUCAAGGACCUCCGAUCUCGCAUGGAAGCCGACGUCACCUUCGCCCUCAAGAAGGCCAAGGUCCUCAAGGUCCGCCUCAAGGCUCUCGACCGCUCCAACGCCGCCAACCGGAGCCUCCCCUGCUGCGGACCCGGUUCGUCCUCCGAUCGGACCCGGAUCUCCGUCGUCAACGGCCUCCGCAAGAAGCUCAAGGACUCCAUGGACAGCUUCAACUCCCUCAGGCAGAAGAUGCUGCUGGGGGUCUUGCUAUACAGAUCCAUCUCCUUAUGCAGUACAAAUCAAUAUGAUAGGUCCCUGGUCAGAGCCAAUAGCCAUGCAGGUGCGCCAAGGAGAUGCCUGCAGUUGAUGUGCCUGUGCCUGACAGCUCAUCGACUAUGCUGGCGGCAGGGAGCUCCAGCGGCGAAGGCGUGGUGGAGAUAGUUCGUGAAGGCAGUCAUGAAACGACUGCCGUUUUGUCAAAUUCAGUCCAAGUCCGGCGAUCCGAUCUAAGAAGACGUCCAAGGCUGGGGAUCAACCCUGAGAAAGUUCAUAUAAUCAAAAUCGUAUGGUCAGGAACACAUGACUCUGCAACCAAUUGGAGCUCCUCCGGCAACGUCACCGCCGGGAGCUACGAGUUCAUCGACGUGGUUUGCGCCCAAUCGAGCUCCCCCAUGUGGCAGAGCCGGCACUUCGUGGAUCUCGACUUCGCCGCCCGGUUCGAAAUCGCUAGGCCGACGAGCCAGUACUCGCGGCUGUUGUAGCUACUGCCGAGAGGCUUCGUCGGCAGCUCGGAGGACCUUCAACGCAUCACGAUUCUCCUCCAGACCGUGCUUUCCUGUUGCCUCAUCUUCAUUCUUGUCCCUAUUAGCUACCAUAGCAAGGCAGCAGUGGGAGAGCCACCCUCUAGAAUAAGGAACUGCAGAGCCCACCAUGGAAGGGAAGUCUUUAGCAGUCAAGAUUCUACCACGCUCACCCCAUGCACAUGGCUUUGACUGCUUCCCUGCACCACCACCACGAAGGCUCAGGCCAAGGUCCAGGCCCAGCUCACUGACUCGGUCGCUCAGGCUCUGCAAAGCGACGGCGUUUUGAUGGGGCUGGGACUGGGGCUGGGGCUGGAGCUGGAGCAGUUGCGUCGUCUCUGGAAGCAGAUGAAGGCUUGUUGUUGCUGCUGGUGGUGGUGUUGCUGGAUCCAUACAAGCCAUGGGAUUCUGUGCAUAAUCAACAUAUACGACACAACCGCCAUGGCCAUAGCCAACGUGAAUAUUUUGGGGCUCCUCCGUCGUUGUUGUUGAUGUCGUUGUUGGAGGUGGGUUCACUUCUUCAACCGGUUUAUGCCUUCUAUUAUCAAUAUGAUUAUAUAAUAUUACAGAUAUAAUUAUGUGAUAAACAAUCAGGAUAAAGAAAAGUAUGAGAACUUAUCUCUCAGAUAGUAAUCAAGAGUUCCUCCUUUUUUUUUUAUAUUUUAUGCCAUAGCCCUUUCUCUGUUUUGGAUUGCUGGCUGCAGACCCUCUUUGUUUUUCAGGCUCGUUUAUGUGUUUUGAAGCUAUAGAGAGUGACACAGAAAAGUUUCGAGCUACUCAAUCAAACCCAAGAAAGAAAAGCAAUGAAGCAGAGAGGGGCAGAGUGUUUUGAUCGAAUUUCCCAGCUGGUAUUUUAGAGAUAAUCGUGCUGAUAACGUAUUAUAAAUCUAGUGAGAAAAUGGAGAGGAAAUUGAGAGAGAGAGAGAAGAGAAUGUUUUCUCUUAGUAUUAUCAAUCUGAUAUCUAUAGGCAAGGAAAUGUGAUGCCCGUGAAUGUGCAAUAACUUCAUGCACCAAAUAGUAAGUGGGCUCCACCUUCUUGACUUUUACAACAUCAGAAUUUCUGAAAUACCUUGACAGCAGCUUUCAGCAACCAAUGCUGUUGUUGUAAGUAACUUGUAUGGAUUGGAUAUAGAAGAGCAGAAGAAACAGAGCAUCUCCGCAUGUGCAAAACUCUCACAAGCUGCCAAGAAGAAACAGGAAGGGAACUUUCUAAUUUCUACACACACUUUUAUACAAGGCAGGCACACCUCAUUUUUCAUUGGUUUACACACCCUUUAAGAAGGCACACCUACAGAGGGAUAUGAUUAUGUUUCUUCUUUAUUUUUUAAUGAUAGUGAACCCAUGAA